AUGAGUUCAAGGCAGGCAUUACACCAUCUCGCCUCUCAAGGUUCCCGGUGCCUUCAUUCACCCCGAAGCCGCGACACAGCACCACCACCUUCCCUCAACUCGUCUCCUCAACCUCAUGCCCCUGACACAACCACACUACCUCGUCUCCUUAUCUUCAAACUCUCUGCAGUGUCCCGCCGGCAUCCCUCACCUCGUCCCCUCAUCCCGAAGCCCCAAUGCACUGUCCAACUCCCUUUCCUCACCUCUCUUCCCCUCAUCUCCAAGCCCCCUGUACUGUCCUACUCUGUUCCCUCCCCUCUCCUCCUCCCCAUAUCACCAAGCUCCCUGAACUCCCUCCCAUCACCUCGUCCCCUCAUCCCCAAGCCCCAUGCAUUGUCCCGCCGCCAUCCCUCAUCCAGCACAGUUCCUCUAUCUUCCCCUCACCUCGUCCCCUCAUACCAGAUCCCCCUCACUGUCCUUCCACCUUCCCUCACCUUGUCCAUGUCAUCUCAAAGUCCAACACAGCCACACAUCUUUCCUCACUUCGUCUUUUUAUCGUCAAAUCCCCAGCAUAAUCCCUCUACCUUCCCUCACCUCGUCCCCUCAUUACCGCGGCCUCUCAAGCUGCUGGCCAUCUUCCUGUCACGCUCACGCAGUUGA